UUCACCACAGUGCUCAUUGAACACACAGAAACAGUGGGUGGGCUGUACAGCAAAGUUACCUGCUGUAUACAUUUGUGACUUGCUUUUAAUCACAGUUUCAAAGUACACGCGAAACAUCCAAGCUUCCUUGAAAGGAAAUGACCUUUUCUGUGACGGACAGCAGCUUUCUCCUAUCAGUUUGAGGGUGGAGAAGGGCCGCGUCGGGUUAAAAAGCGCUGCACAGGGCGAAAGUUCAUUUGGGAGGGAAGGUGUGGAAGCUGAACGUUGUAAGCGGUGUUCUCUACUUAGAAUUGUCAAGUUUCGAACCUGUGGUCAUUUUGCGGAAACUUAAUUUGGAGAAAGUAACCUUUCCCCGGCUGUUGUCGAAACUCAUGAAGUAGUUUCUGUGUGUUUAGAGACAGCAAACUCAUUUUGGAAGGAGGACGGAAGCUGCCUUCACACCAAGUUUGAAACAAUGGAGAAACUGAGUAAAGCCAAUUACCAUUUCACCCUUGACCUAUUCAGAGAGCUGAUCAAAGGAAAUCAAGUGGGCAACAUCUUUUUCUCUCCAUUCAGCAUUUCCACUGCAUUGGCCAUGGUCUAUCUUGGUGCAAAAAAUAAUUCUGCCUCCCAAAUGGCAAAGGCUCUCCAUUUUGAUGACGUUGGGGAUCUGCAUUCUGCAUUCCAGAAAAUGCAAUUGGAAGUUAACCGAGCUGAUGUGCCAUACUUGCUUAAAAUGGCCAAUCGACUGUACGGUGAAAAGACAUAUAAAUUCCUAGAAGAAUUCUGUAAGUCCUGUGAAAACUACUAUGGAGCAGCCUUGUCUGCAGUUGAUUUCAGAGCUUCUGCAAAUGAAACUAGACAAGAGAUCAAUAAGUGGGUGGAGGAACAGACUGCAGGUAAGAUCCAAGAUUUGCUGGCUGCAGAUUCGGUUAAUAGUGACACCAAACUGGUGUUGGUGAAUGCCAUCUACUUCAAAGGAAGUUGGGCUGAAAAGUUUGAUGAACAAUGCACACAGGAAAUGCCAUUCAGACUGAAUAAGAAUGAAAGCAAACCAGUGCAAAUGAUGUACAAGAGUGAUAAGUUUCUAUUCCGUCACAUUCCUGAAGUCAAUAUCAAAGUUCUUGAACUUCCAUAUGUUGAGAAAGAUGUGAGUAUGGUCAUCUUGUUGCCUGAUGACAUCAUGGAUGACUCGACAGGUCUUAAAAAGCUGGAGCAGACACUUACCCUAGAAAAGCUGCAAGAAUGGACACUUCAAACCAAGAUGAAAAAAAUUGAAGUUUCAGUUCAUUUGCCUAGAUUUAAAAUGGAGAAUAACUUUGAACUCAAUUCUGCACUUUCCUCUCUGGGGAUGACAGACCUUUUUGAUGGUUCAAAGGCAGAUCUCUCUGGAAUUUCUGGGACACGUGACUUGUUUGUGUCUAAGGUUGUUCAUAAGUCUUUUGUGGAGGUGAAUGAGGAAGGAACUGAAGCAGCAGCUGCUACAGCAAUAAUAGUAGCAUUAUGUUCACUGGUGCUCGAGGAGCAGUUUACUGCAGAUCACCCUUUCCUCUUCUUCAUUCGGCACAACAAAACAAAUAAUAUUCUCUUCUUUGGUCGGUACACUUGUCCCUAAACAACUGACUAAGUGCAAGUAAUGGGCGGGGGGAAGAAAAUCUUAAUGAUAAAUUUCCACUUAACCAGAAUAAACUGGAAUGCUAAUUAGUUUAAAAACAUUUGGCACAGUACAUUUUAGAAGCCAAACAUAAGAUACAGCCCUUUGAUUAUGACUGAGUAUUUUGCAUUCUGAAGAAGAAUUUAUAGUGCUUUUAAUCAAGAAAUUAACAAUACAACUGGAUGUGUUAACUUCCCUUUUUACUGACUUGAAAAGUUGUCAUUUACAUCAUAACUAUUCAUCUGAUUCAGUAAAGGAGAAAGUCCUGUUACCUUUGGGAUGGUUAGUCCAUGGCCAGUUUGGGUUAGGAAAACAACUGUCACUAUUGCCAGACAAGUCUAUAAUCCUGUGAAUGAAUAAAUUAAGAACCAUGUGUAAAAUGUCCUGCUGAAUUUCUCACUUUCAACAUAUCUUCUUGUAUGACUUUGUCCAGAAAGCUAUGAAUAAUAUAAAUAACAAGACUUUGAGAGUUUUCUCAACUUUGCCACUUUGAUCUGGUCUAGGUCAUAGUAUGUGCUAUUACAUUUCAACUUGCCAAUAAAAUGGUAGAUCGUAGAGAAACCCAUAGUUUGAUCUUAAGAAAUUCUGCCUAAGGCAUGUUGUUGCAGCAGAGGAAACAAUUUUAUUUUAUAUUUGCAUAUCCAAUUACCAAAUAUGAAUAUUAUUGGAAGAUGUUGAUUGGAAAAAGGUGCACUUUGCACUAAAUAUAAAAAGAGACAGAUACACUGAACAGAACACUUUCUGUAUUAAGUCCUACAACCUGAACUGGCACUGGGAGUGGUCAUUUUCAGUUUGUAAAUGUUAUCUGUUGGAGAAAUCUCAUGUUUGGGUGAAUCAUGAUUAAAAUGACAGUGUCACUGUACUCCAAGAGUAAUCUUUGAAAUAUGAUUUCUACAUGGGACAAGAUCAUGAUGUUAGCAUCUAGUUUGUUAAAACUCUGAAUAUGCAUUGUAUUAUGUCAUGUGUAUAGUGCAAAAUAAAAGCAUUUACCCUAUUUGA